AUGCUGGCCAGCCUCCUGGCUCCCACAUUCAUGGCCAUGGGGGAGGCAGAUGUCGAGCACGCUGCCGCUUCCUCACUGCCAGGCAAAGCCCGUAAUAUGCCAUUGACACCAUCAAAAUUUUUACCAUUGAUAGAAGAUUCUGAGGAAUCACUCUCAACACUUCCUGAUGAUUCACGCAGGCAGAAAGAACAGGAAAAUUAUCUCUUUGACACCUUCCCGGCUCCCCUGUCGCUGGCCCCCAGCCACUUCCCAAAGAACUUCAGCCAUCCAUCACUGCCACACAAUGUCCUUCUGGGCACCUGGAACUUACACUGGGAAAGACACCCGACAGACACCUUACAGUACACAACACCCGGACGCAUCAGACAGGACACGACACCACCAGUGGACCCACUCCCCCAGCUGUGUCCUAGACACUGCCGUCACCAGACUCAAAACAGGACACUGCCACCUCAAUGCCCACAUACACAGGCUAGGCCCAGCAGACACCCUUCACUGCCAGGCACUCCAGCACACCUGCUGCUACACUGCUCCCGCCACCACUUCCACCGCACUGCUCUCCUCCACUCACUGGCAUCACUCCACAUAGACAGGCCACCCCUACCACACCUCCUGAGUGGCUCCAAAGACCCUGGCCUGGCCUUCAACACACUCCAGCACACCAGGGUCUUCCUACAGAAAACUGGACAACUCACCAGAAUUUAA